AAAGCCACAAAGAAAACGGACAAACCCAGGCCAGAUGAGAAGGAUGACCUAGAUAUAACAGAGAUGAGUAAUGAAGAUCUUCAAGAGCAACUUGUGAAGUAUGGAGUAAAUCCUGGCCCGAUUGUAGCUACCACUAGGAAACUUUAUGAGAAGAAACUUUUGAAACUGAUGGAGCAAGGUCCGGAACAGAAGGCACCUGUGCCCCUCCCAGAGAUUUCCUCAACUGCUGAGAACACCAGACAGAAUGGAAAUAGUGAUUCUGACCAGUACAGUGACAACGAAGAAGAUCCGAAGACUGAGCUGAGGCUUGAGAAGAGAGAACCAUUAAAAGCCAGGAUGAAGACUCCAGUAGCACUCAAACAAAGAAGAGUUGUUGAACACAACCAGACCUAUUCUCAAGAUGGAGUUACUGAAACUGUCUGGACAAGUGGAUCUUCAAAAAGUGGACCUCUGCAGGCAUUUUCUAGAGAGUCUACAAGAGUGUCAAGAAGAACACCAAGGAAAAGGGUGGAGGCUACAGCACAGUUGCCUGUAGAUGAUGCUGUAAUAUCAGAGAGUACUCCCAUAGCUGAAACUAUAUUGACUGCAAGCAACGAGACUCUAGUUGUCAAUAGGGUGCCUGGAAAUUUCAAGCAUGCAUCUCCUACGCUGUCUAUCAGUGAACUCUCAGACUUGCCCAGAAGAACACCAAAGAAACCACUGAUGACAGCUGAACAAGAAGAGGCAGAUCGCCCACAUCAGUGCUUUUUUAACCGUGUUGUCCACAACCAAUCCUGUGAUGUGCUCAACACAGCCAUGAUAGAGGUGCUGGAGAGAAUCCCUGCAGAAGAACGAAGAGCAGAAAGGGAUAUCCUUAAGGAAAUGUUCCCGUAUGAAGUAUCGACGCCCACAGGAAUUAGUGCUAGCUGCCGUAGACCCAUCAAAGGAGCUGCUAGCCGGCCUAUAGAGCACAGUGACUUCAAAAUGGAGGAAACUUUCUCUAAGUAUGCUUCAAAAUAUGGUACCUCAACUGACAUCAAGUCUGAAAAACCACCACCAAAAAAAGAACACUCCAUUCCCCUAUGGAUAAAAGUUCUUCUCUUUGUUGUUGUUUCGGUCUUCUUGUUUUUGGUGUAUCAGUCUAUGGAAACUAAUCAAGGAAAUCCUUUCUCUAAAUACCUGAAUAUUGUCUCUCAGAGUGGUGCCAAAUGAGUAUCUUUCUGAAAGGCAUACUCGAUUUGAUCUCCUAUUUUUAAUUGUAGAGAACUCUUCUGCCCUCUCAUUGGCUCAAGGACUUCUUACAAACCUGAUUGGAACCUGAUCAAUUGGAUACAUGAAGAAAGAAUAUUAAAUGGACAUUGGUAACUUUCUGGACUUUCGACUAGUAGGCGAUCACUUUGCCAUAGGAGUAACAUUUUUUAGAUCUUUGAACAUUUUGUAGGCUUUAUUUUUUUAAUGUGGACUUCCUUUAAAUUCAUUUUUGAGAAACUGUAUAUUUGUUUUUGCAAGAACUUGGAAGCCAAGAAGGGCAAAAAUGUAGUAAAAUGUGAAGCUGUUUUUAAAGCUUUUCCUUUGUACAGAAAAGAAGUUGUACUUUUCUCUCUAUAGAUU